AGGCCGUUGGCAGGUCGGGCCGCUUGCAUUCGCCGCGUUCGCCAGUGGUUUGCGCGUGAAAUUCGUGACGGGAGGAUUUGCAUGGCUUACGUGAAUUUGGCUCCGCCGUGAAAUUUUUCUCGAGUUCUGGUUUUCCAUGCACGCAUACAUGCGUCCCGGAAAAGUGCGCAAUUUGUGUUGUUUUUGUUUGUGUCCUUUUUUGUGUGGCGUCGCGCGGCAGUGGUUUUGAUUGGUGUGCGCGCGGCAUUGAGUAAUGUUUGUUUACGACGGUCGGCCUGGCGAUGUGUGUGUGCAGUGGCUUCUGAUUGGAAUCGGGUUUGACGUUUUGCUACGUACGGGAUCCGCGCGUCCCGCACCCCGUGGUGUUGUUAGUCACGCUCGAGCGGAAUUCGGUGCUGAUAAGAAACGAUGCGCUGGCAGAACGAGGCGAAUUGUGCAAUAAUUGACGUCCGGAGCUGGCACGGGGAUUAUCUGCUGAUUUCAUUCAUUAGACUUAGCUUUAUUCAUUUACCCAAUUCACUUUCGCUUGCUUGGCACGCACGCACACAGGCGCGUCGACAUAUGGUGCCAGCGGUGUACGUCGUGUGAGUGGCGGUGUUGAAUGGAUGCACAGUGAAAGUAAAAAUUGUUGGCACCACAGCGAUUAUAUUUGCGUUAGAAGGUCACUGCAGUGGCAUGCUGGGCCGCGGGCAUAGAUUUCUUAUCGGUCGGCACUAUUGCCGUUUUUGCCGGCUCCACUACACAUCGACAACUAUUUCAUGGCUAGUUUGGUUCAAUGACCCUCGGGGUAACAUUUACGAUCUCGGUGGCGUUUCGCUGGCUGAUUGCAAAUUGCAGAGUGCAUUCUGCGAAACUUGUGGUGAAAGAUGUCCAUUUCUACACCGUACCGCUGGCGAUACAGAACGUCGAUACCAUUUAAGAUAUUACAAAACAUGUAUGUGUGUACAUGAUACAGAUGCACGUGGAUAUUGUGUUAAAAAUGGACAUCAUUGUGCUUUUGCACAUGGUGUGCAUGAUCAAAGACCUCCAGUUUAUGAUAUAAAAGAAUUAGAAGCACUACAGAAUGCAGAAAACAAUGCAGAUGGUACGAAUGGUCAAAAUGCAUUAGACAAAGAACGUAAUUUAAUGAAUGAAGAUCCAAAAUGGCAAGAUACAAAUUAUGUGUUGGCAAAUUAUAAAACGGAACCAUGUAAAAGGCCACCGCGCUUAUGUAGACAAGGUUAUGCAUGCCCUCAAUAUCAUAAUAGCAAAGAUAAACGGCGAAGUCCUCGGAAAUUUAAAUAUAGAUCAACUCCAUGCCCCAAUGUAAAGCAUGGUGAAGAAUGGGGAGAGCCAUCUAAUUGUGAAGCUGGUGAUAAUUGCCAAUACUGUCACACUAGGACGGAACAACAGUUUCAUCCGGAAAUCUAUAAAUCCACAAAAUGCAAUGAUGUACAACAGGCAGGCUAUUGCCCCCGUAGCGUUUUCUGUGCUUUUGCACAUGUCGAACCGUAUAUUUUAACAGAGGAGAAACCUAGAGAAUUAGAUGGACCGUCAACAAAUUUAGCCCUUGGUGAUAUUAUUUCGAGUGCAUUGCCAGAUAUUAAUAAGAAGGAAAAACUGAAUAAUGAUACCCAAAUUCUUCACAAUGGUAGUGGUGAAAGCUGCGAGUCGGCUAGCACAUCAUCAAUAGGAUCAAACAAUUCACAUAGUAAGGCGCCAGGUGCCCAGUUGUCAAACAAGAGUAUUAUCUAUACAAAUCCAUCAACAAAUGGCAACUGCCCGAAUAAUAGUAAUUCAACACAAGUAACUAAUUGUAGUUCAAUAUCACAGUUUUCUGACUUCGCAACGGAUAUGCUUUCUAAGCAGUUAAUGGAAAUGGAUCCAGAUUCAUCAACAAUUAUGUCACGCGAUAAAGACCAAAGGAAAUUUUUAAAUUUUGGCGGACUUUUGGAAAGCAUAACGCCGUGUCCUAUAGAUGAUAUGAAUCAACGUGACAACUCAAUAUCCGCUGGUCUAGCGCAGUCAGGUCUGUUACAGAGAUCAUCAGCUCCAAUUAACAUUCCUAAUUCACCUUUGAAUAACACAAUAUCGGUUAACAUUCCCGGCAGCUCCUUAGGAAAUUAUAGUCCAACAUCUCAUCAAAAUUUAUUUUCUGUUAGGGAAGUUUUUAACAUUAGCGGUUCUGCCAAUAAAUUAAGUAAUUCAUUAAGCAAUCAAGCUGAUAAUCUGUUUUGUCAAUCGCGUUAUAUAUCACCAGCAUUUGGCGAUUCACUGUCUAUUAGUCCUUCUUUAAGAAUGCCCGAAUUGAAUUCAAUGCGUGAUGAUUUAGCGAAUAAUUCAGUUGGAAGUAGUCUUUUUGAAAAUAGUUUACAGUCAAACAAACAAGCAUUUUCUAUACCAUUGGCAAAUUCGAAUCAUAAUGAAGUAACUAGGCUUAGAGAAGAAUUAGCAAGUAAAAACAAUCUUAUAGUACAAGCUACUAAAGCCUGGAAAAUUGAAUUAGAUGAAUGUAAUAGGAAGCUUGCAAUUAGUGAACUACAACGUGACAAGGCAAAGGAAGAAAUUCUAGAGUGGAAGUCGCGCCUCGAAGCCGCACAACAACAGCAAAACAUGAGUAGGGAUUUACGUGGUUUAUCAAUUCAAAAUCUAAAAUUAUUGCAAACAAAAUUACGUGCUGAUUUGGAAGAAGUUGAAAAAGUAUUAUAUUUAGAAACCGCUACAAAGUGUAUGAAAUGUGAGGAAAAUAAUCGUACAAUAACCCUAGAACCAUGCAAUCAUUAUGUUCUGUGUGAUGCAUGUGUCCAAUUAGUGAAUGAAUGUCCAUAUUGCCAAACACCGAUAAAACCACAAGCUUAGGAGCAACGCGGGGCGGGCGAGGAGAGAGAGGAACAGAAUAAAGAAUAAAUAAAGUACAUCUACAUUUUAUCUACAUAAUUAUAAUAUAUAAUCAAUUUUUAAAGAAGAGAACGUUAUUACAAAAGUAAUAAAUUGAGAGUAAUAGAAUGUUUUGAAUAUUUUAAUUUUUUCGCUUUAGUUAUAUUUUUUAUCAUGUAAUCAGACAAAUACUUUUAUUUCAAAUGAGGAGAACUAUUCAGAUCGCUAACCGUUCUUUUAUAUUCGAAGUCUAUGAAAUUCUAGCUUAAAAUACGUUAGUAAACAUAAUGAUGAUUAUUGACGAACCGAAAUGGUGACAAAGUCCCAGUACAUUGGACAUCAAUUGUCAGAGUCAGUAUACCCAGUGUAAAAUCUGAAUGUUAGAGACAAAAUACAAAGUACGUUGUAGAACACAUUACUAGACCUAUUCGAAGCCAAAUUUAUUCGAAAUUGAAACAAAUUUACUUCUUACAGAAUUAUGAUGAUAAUUUUAUUAAUAUCUUUAUUAUUUAAAGAUGAAAAGCAUUAUUUAAAAGGAAAAACACAAACCUAGACAUUUGUAUGAUAUUUAUAGGAAACAAUUUUUAAUUUACAAAUUAUAGAAAUGAAAUGAAGAAAAAUGCAAAAAACUACUACAAAAUAUUAUGGUAAAUAAUUUCUAAUUUGAUCUGAGCCCAUAAUACGAUAAAUGCAAUUGAGCUCCAAAUGAAUCAUGUGAAGAAAAAGCACGCGAGAAUCGUACACGCCGCACAGCGGGUGGGCAGUUAAUCGCAGCUUGAAUGAAAACAACGACAAUAUAUUUGCAAGAUAUCUAGGAAAAUAUUUUUCUACUGGAAUCAAGAAUGGACACUAAGAAGUAACACGAACCAUACAAUCAUUUCCGUUGAGUGCAGUGCACUGGCACUGGGAAAUCAUGAUAAUCUCAUUUUCUGAAAGUUAUAGCCUUUCACUUCAUGCUCUUGUUUUCCGAGGUUGUGUUUACAUAUAUACUCGUUUUAUUUUGUCCGUUCACGUAACAUCUGAGGCAUCAUGAAACCGGGGAAAAUGUUCAGACAUAUUCUGCUAUACUCUAUAAUAGUAAACAAAUACAUAAUUUAAUAUCGUAUUGUAAUGACUUUUUACACAAUGAAUGAAUACACAAAAAAUAAUAGAAAUUAUUUUACAUAAUAUAAUACACAAACCACUAGCUAUUUCAGAUGAAAUUUUUAUUUUUUUUUAUAUUAACAUGCGCGCAACAAAUAGUAAAUGCCAAUUAUUUCAACAAUAUUACAUUUUUGUUGGUUCUGAGCCAAUAUGAAAAUAACAAUAUAAUAAAUAGAAAUGUGAUAUUA